UGCUGCUGUGUCUGUACGUGUGCAGUGAAUGGGCAGAGCUGUGUUGCUGUGCCUGUGUUGUAGAGUUCGUACGGUAACCGAGGAGCAUCAAGAGCAGUCCCGCUGCCUCACAGCCCCAGCCCUAAAUCAACGAUUCAUCUGAUGGCGUUUGAGAAACGAAGAGCAAUUCCUCUCGUAAGCGGUUUGACUGGCGGCAGCGAUACCAAGCCGCUUUUUCUUGAUCCGAAAAUGAAGUUUAGCUCCAGCUUUCGUCAGUCUCCAGCCACAGCCGAUGCAUUUUUUCUGUCGCUUCCCCAUAUCGGCCGAGCCGAUGCAGCACUUCCCUGUGAUGCGGCACCAUUUUAUGAAAUCUGACAUGGACUAUGAGAGGCCAAAUGUCGAGACUAUCAAAUGUGUGGUGGUUGGAGACAAUGCAGUUGGAAAGACCCGUCUUAUCUGUGCCCGGGCCUGUAACGCAACGCUUACACAGUACCAGCUACUUGCCACACAUGUGCCCACUGUCUGGGCAAUAGAUCAGUACAGAGUCUGCCAGGAGGUCUGUCUCUCCGGCCAGGUUCUAGAAAGGUCAAGGGAUGUGGUGGAUGAUGUCAGCGUGUCCUUGCGUCUCUGGGACACUUUCGGAGACCAUCACAAAGACCGCAGAUUUGCGUAUGGCAGGUCUGAUGUGGUGGUGUUGUGUUUCUCCAUUGCAAACCCAAACUCACUCCACCAUGUGAGGACGAUGUGGUACCCUGAGAUCAAGCAUUUUUGUCCCAGAGCUCCUGUUAUCCUAGUGGGCUGCCAGCUCGACCUGCGGUACGCUGACUUGGAGGCAGUGAACAGAGCUCGCAGGCCACUGGCCAGGCCCAUUAAACCCAAUGAGAUAAUGGCACCAGAGAAAGGACGUGAGGUGGCUAAAGAACUAGGCGUCCCUUAUUUUGAGGCCAGCAUAGUUGCUCAGUUCGGGGUUAAGGAUGUUUUCGACAAUGCUAUACGUGCAGCCCUCAUUUCCCGUCGUCAUCUCCAAUUCUGGAAGUCGCAUUUACGAAAUGUUCAAAGGCCACUCCUACAAGCCCCCUUCCUUCCCCCUAAACCCCCUCCACCCAUUAUCACCAUUCCUGAACCUCCCAGUAAUAUCGAAGAGCACCCUAGUCGACUGUUAGAGGACACGCUCUGUGCCGACGUCAUCUUAGUCCUCCAGGAAUGCCAGAGGAUCUUCGCCCACCGUAUCUACCUUGCCACAUCCUCUUCUAAGUUCUAUGACCUCUUCUUGACUGAACCUCGGGGUCCUGAGGAGACCGAACGGGAGCGAGAACGUCCCAGAGGGCCACCGCUUUCUGGCCGCGAUUUGCUAAUGCGCGCAGCUAGUUUUGACGUUUCUGAAAGUAGUGACAAUGGAGAUAGAGCAAACUUGCGUGCCUGCACCAGUGAUGGAACUCUUAAAGGUGACGGAGAUCGUCGUGGUCGUCUGCUCCCAGCCUUGAGUCGUGCUUUCAUUAGCAUCCAAGAAGAAAUGGUGGAUGACCCCAUCACCUUCAACCCAAGAAAAAUGACAGUUGUUCACAUGGACUCUUCAAUGCAGCCUGGUCCAUUCCGAUCGGUGUUGCGGUACCUGUAUACAGGUAAACUAGAUGACCAGGAGAAGGAGCUAAUGCAGGUGGCCCACAUCGCAGAGCUGCUGGAAGUUUUUGACCUGCGUAUGAUGGUGGCCAAUAUUCUGAACGAUGAGGCCUUCAUGAAUCAGGAGAUCACCAAGGCCUUUCACGUGAGACGCACCAAUCGAGUGAAAGAAUGUCUAGCCAAAGGGACCUUCUCUGAUGUGGUGUUCAGGUUGGAUGAUGGCACCAUCAUGGCCCAUAAACCGCUGCUUAUCUCGAGCUGUGAUUGGAUGGCAGCCAUGUUUGGUGGACCAUUUGUGGAGAGUUGUACAAAAGAGGUGCUGUUUCCAAACACUACGCGGAGCUGCAUGCGUGCUGUGCUGGAGUAUCUCUAUACUGGCUGCUUCUGCUCUCGACCAGAUCUGGAUGCCAUGGAACUCAUUGUUCUUGCAAACCGUCUCUGUCUGCCUCACCUGGUAGCGCUGACAGAGCUGUACACUGUGAAGGUACUGACAGAAGCUUCUAUGAUGGGAGCAGAUAUAGAUGGAGAUGUUCUGCUCUAUCUGGACAUGGCCCAGUUCCACUGUGCUCAUCAGCUGACCAGCUGGUGCCUCCAUCACAUCUGCACCAACUACAACAGAGUCUGUCGCAAAUUCCCUCGUGACAUGAAGGCCAAAUCUACAGAAAACCUGGAGCACUUUGAAAAACAUCGCUGGCCUCCAGUGUGGUAUCUAAAGGAAGAAGAUCACUACCAGCGGGCGCGCAAAGAGCGUGAGAAGGAAGAUUACCUGUACCAAAAGCGGCAAUGUAAACGCAAGUGGCUCUUCUGGAAUAUACCGUCUUCAACGUCCUCCAAUUCUCCGUCUUCUCCUGGUUCUUCCGCAGUCAUCUGAUCGGCUCUCAGGGUGAAUGACCCACCUAACAGCCCUAAAUGUGGGAUAUAAACACACAACAAGGAAUGAUAGCCUUUUUCGACUCUAUAAAGAUGACCUAUUCACAUUUUCAGUUGAGCAAAAUGCCCAAGCCCUGCUUUUAGCUGCUGAAGAACAAGCAAAAAUGAAACAGGAUGGAGAACGCAAGUUUAAGCAACACAAGGCUUUGACUAAAAGCACAUUGCUGAGUCUUUCUACUGGUUGGAUUUUUCAUCAAAUCAGCUUUGACAUCCUACUGUGACAUCACAUCCUGCGGUAUUAGAGCACUGCUCAAUUUGCUGUCAAAAGACAAUCUUCGCUCAGCAUUGAUUCCCCAAACAUAACCGUAUCUUAAUCUGUAUAGGAACAUAUUGUACAUGGCAGGACUGCACACAUUCAUAACGUGAAAUGCUAUUAAGUGCUUUUCAGCUCUGAAAUACUAGAACACAGCAACAUUUUAGAGCAGCCAGCAAACAUAAUCUACAAUCAAACCACUUCAACAGACUGAUGUCCUCAAGAUUCAAAUGGUGUCCACCGUUCAAUAUCUAAAGGUAUUAUUAAUAAUGGUUCGUUGAGGGCCACAUGCGCACAUGACUCCAAAGAACCGCAUGAGUCCAUAGCCAUGCUGUGGGUUCAGUGUGAGUUAAACUCCAUUGGCAGCAUCUGGCAUAACGUUGAUUUCCACAGAAAAUGCCAUUUACAAUGGAAAAACAUCGCCAGGAAAGAGACAUUCAAAAUGCAUACCGUACAGACAAAAUACAAGACUUAAAGUUGCAGUGAAGUAGUGACUUUUCUUCUGAAUUAAGACAACUCUGAGUAAAAUAGAUUAUGGGAAAAAGGGAAAAAAUGUAGGGCAGGGACUUGGUUCUAUUGGCUGGGUGGAGGCAGAUAUU